CUGCUACAUCCCUGACCGUCCGUUCUCUUUGCCCACCCCAGGUCCCUCGCGCGCCCCUUGCUCUCUUUCCUUUCUGCCUUUUGCAUCGCCUGUGACGGCUCCAACCUCCAACCCUCGAUUUCUACCGAUUCCUCCCUUCGUCCUCUUCCUUGCCUUUAUCCUAGACGCUACCUAAUCGUUGCGCCCAUUUUGCCAGUCUCGCAGCCGCAGCCGACAUUGUCUCGGACGCACCAUCAUCCUCUCUUUCGUGCGCCCCAUCCCACGUUUUUUUCUCCAGCGCCAGCGCUGGAUUUGGACAUUUCUUUCCUGCCCCUGGACUGUCGUCACUGCUGAUUAUAAUUAGCGCGGCGACUGCCUGCCUGCGACUGCCUGCGGCGACUUGCCUCCCUCACUUCUGGGCUGCAUUUCAUUACACCAGCGAAUCGUCGAGCACCCUGGCCGGUGUGGGAGCACAGAUGUGACUACAGCCCGCCCGCCCGUAAUUAUAGAAACCAAGACGUACCCCACGACACCACCUCGACGUGCACGACACGGCCUCCAGCGCCCGCAAACCCUUGCGAUUGGAGCACCCCAGCAAUCGGAACACCUGCGAUCGAGUGCCUCGCCCUCCCUCCCAGAAAUCCAAUACCGAGCCGCCCCCAAAACUCUUGGUCUGCGCUUCGCUGCAGCACGCCCUUCGCAGCUUCCUCGGCCGCUUUUAUUUUUAAUCCAACUCUCCCACACCUCGCCUGGCCGAGACGACGUCUCCCUGCGUCACUAGCAACCUCUGAUCCCCGCGACUGCUCAACUCGCUGCAGCCAAGCCCGACGAAUUCUUCGACUCAAUAAGCUAGAGCCCGUCAGCGCUCCUUCUGUCCGCAUUAGUACCUGGCCCCUGGACCUGCGUCGGCUGCCCGGACCUGUCCACCACGUACGAAUUUUGCAGCCAUCCCAUCCCGUGCGUGUUUCCAAAAAAAGAGGGCGUCCGACGGAAACGCACCACCACCACCACCUCCACCACCACUUAAAAGCCUCCUCCUCUUUCCACAACCGCCUCGCGGGUACUUUGGCCGCAGCUCGGAAAGCCUCGAUCCCGCGACUAAACCCCGCGCCCUGAGCCCUUCCGCUGCAGACGGCCCGGCAAGACGAGGCCAGCGCCGGCCACGCGGCGAGAGAUAGCCAGAAACCACGCAGAAUCACCCCACAACCACAGCUGCCAUGGAUCGCAUGGGAUUCCAGAUGCCCCAGAUGCACGGGGCGCCGCCCCUCAUCAACCCGCCCCCGCAGAUCUUCGGCGGCUACGAUGGAAUGCCCAUGCAGCUGCCGCCAGAUAUGACGGCGCACAUGUUUGGAGACCCGAACACGCUCCUGGACGAUGCCAACGAGGCCAAGAGGAGGAGGAUCGCGAGGGCGUGCGAUAUGUGCAGGAAGAAGAAGAUCAAGUGUGACGGGAAGCUCCCAGCUUGCACACACUGCAUCAACUACAAGACGGACUGCGUCUUCACCCAGGUCGAGAAGAAGCGGAGUCCGCCAAAGGGCGCCAAAUACAUUGAGGGGCUAGAGAAUCGCCUUGGCCGGAUGGAGAGCCUGUUGAGGUUAUCUGGCCUUCUUGGUGAGGACGAUGGCGCCACUGACCUCGGGACCCUGGAGAGGCGUCUCGCAGAAAAGACUCGCUCAAGACAGGCCUCGAUGGUGGCCUCGAACCCAACAUCACCUUCUCACACGGCGUCGGGCCCAGAAGGAAACGCCUCGACUCCGCAAAGCGCCCUGACCUCCCCUGAGCCUCCCAAGGACGAGAAGAGGAACUCGCUCACCCCUGAAAAUGAGGGCGAGAAGGAGGAGGAGGUCGCGGCUCUGUCAGAGAUGAUGUGCUCGCUGGUCACUAACAACUCGGGAGAGACUCGGUAUCUCGGCUCUUCCUCGGGCUUCUCCAUCUUCUCCCCCAGAGGUAUCCAGUGGGUGAACGCCAAGACGGGAGACAACUCGUUCCAACGGAUGAUCUCGGAGGUGUCCAUCGACGACCAUAAGUGGACCAACUGGAAGCCUGAGGUAUUCCAGGACCUGUUUCGGCGGCCCGUCUUCAUCAAUAUCCCGCCAAAGGCAGAGGCCCUGUCGCUUCUGAAGGACUACUUUGAGAACUUCAACUGCAUGUUCCCCCUGUUUCACCAGCCGACGUUUAUGCACUUGGUGGAGCGCCACUAUUCCGACAAUCCGUACGAGGGCUCCGGCUGGUGGGCCAGCUUCAACUGUGUGCUCGGCUUCGCCCACAGGCUGCGCGUCAUGAGCGGCCUCGUGCCACAGGAGGAGGACGACAAGGCCUGGGCGUAUAUCAAGAACGCCAUGAGCGUUUUCUCGGAGCUCACCAUGCGCAACACUGACCUCCUGAGCGUGCAGGCACUUCUGGCCAUGGCGCUGUUCAUGCAGGGCACGCCAAACCCACAGCCCACGUUCCUGCUGAUCGCCACGGCCGUCCGACUGUCGCACAGUAUCGGCCUGCACAAGAGGGCGACGGGUUUUAGCAUCAACCCGAUUGAGCAGGAGCAGCGGAGGCGUGUGUUCUGGAUCGCCUACCUGCUGGACAAGGACCUCUCCCUCCGGUCGGGACGCCCGCCGGCACAGGACGAUAACGACAUGAAUGUGGAGCUGCCGGACGAGGACCCGGAGGACAGCAUCGGAAACAUCCCGCUGGCGGACGGCAAGGGCAAGAUGAAUCUCUUCCGCGUCAUGUGUGAGCUGGCCGUGAUCGAGAGCCGGGUCUACAGCCGCCUGUAUGCGACAAAAGCCACCAAGCAGACGGACGGGGAGCUGCUCAACACCAUUGGUGAGUUGGACCAAGAGCUCGAGGACUGGAAGGACCGGAUACCGAUCGACUUCCGCCCGGAGCACGAGAUCAAGGCGUCGCACACGCCGCUCAUGCUGCACGUCAUCAGCCUGCACUUUACGUACUACAACUGCCUGACCACAAUACAUCGCAUGUCUGUGCACCACGGUUACUGGAACAGCCGCCUGUCCAACUAUGCGAUCCAGGGCCUCAACGCGAAGCCGCUGAAUCCCAGGAUCUUCUCGUCGGCCGCGCUCUGCUCGGCGGCCGCGAGGGCGUCGAUAUCGCUGCUUAAAUAUGUACCCCAAGGUGACCUUUCGGUCGUAUGGCUGCUGCUGUACUUCCCCGUAUCGGCACUCGUGACCCUGUUUGGCAAUAUCAUCCAGAACCCAUUGGACCCUAGGGCGCGAUCCGACGCACGGCUGAUGGACGUUGUCGUUACUUUCCUGUCGACCCUCGGAGUGGAGGCGGAGACGGGUGGUGUGCACCGCAUGCUGGCGGUGUGUACCGAGUUCGAGCGCAUCGCGAAGCUCGUGAUCGACAAGUCAGAGAAGGAGAACGCGGGGCGCAGGAAGAGGAAGAACAACGAAAGCUCCAGCGGAGCCGCUGGGCGGGCCGGCGCCUCGACCGGGUCGGUAUCCGGACCAAGCGGCGGCACGGGCACGGGCUCGGCAGCGCCGACGCCGCGGCCGCCAAGCUCGGGCGCGCACACGCCGACGCCACACAGGCCGACGACGGCAAACGGCGGGGGACAUAUGUCGCCGCACGCGCCGCACAGCAAUUACGCCACGCCCAUGACGAACCCCGGCCCCCUGAGCCAGCACUCGUCACCGUCGGUCGCGCCGAGCAACUGGCCGCCGUCCAACGACUUUGCAGGCAACGGCGCCGGGGGAGGCCAGCCCAUGGAGGCGCUCGAGUACACAAACUUUGCCGAGAUGACGGGCUUCACGCCCGAUCUCAGGCAGGGGCAGGCCCCCGGGGCUUACUACACGCAGCCGCACCUGCCGCCGGACCUCUACUCGCUGCCCGUCAGUCUGGACUGGGACUGGGCCGAGAUGAGCGGUGGCGCGUACCCGAGCUUCGAGAACGGCGCGGUGCCGCACAUGGGCAACAUGGGCGGCAACAUGCACCACGUGCCCAGGUGAUGUCGCUCGCUUCGUGUUUCUUUCCAUCUUUUGCUCUUUGGCCUCAUUUUGCUUGAUUUUCUCCAAUACCUUUCAUCUAGUCCCUUUCCCUAAACACGACUGUUACGUGGAUGUGUUACGUCUCCUUGUACCAUUUUUUUUUCAUUUUUCAUUUACACUUCUCUUCUCUUAGUCUUUAACUUUUUUCAAGUAAUGGCAUUUUAUCUCCUCUCACAAUUCUCGUUUGAAUACAUAUCAUCAUUUAUGGUGGUAUGGAAUCAACUAGUCAGCAUUGGGUAUGUAUUUUGGAAAGUCGAUCAACAAGGGAGGAACAAGGUAAAGCAAUGUAGGGAGGCUGUCAUUUCCAAGCACCAAUGGGGAAUUUAAAUCACGCAUGUGUAUAUGUAGUCUGGUUAUUUGGCUAUAAAUCCGCAAUCCAAUUAUUGCAACGAGUGAGA